AUGGGCUGCGCCCGCGAGGAGCCCCCAAAUGCCCGCAGCCCCCAGCUGACUCGAGGCGGUAAACCCGGGCUCCGGCGGCACCUACAACGGCGUCUCUGCGGGAGCCAGGGGGGCGCCGCGGCCCCACCCGCUGGCUACUCCGUCCUCAUCGCCGGUGUUCCCCGCCCGCCUGGGCGGCACCACCCGCUCCCCGUCCUCGGAGACGCGCUCGGAGUCCCCGCACUGGGUGCCGGCGAGCCUCAGUUUGUCAAUCCGCGCCGGGGCCGAGGGGGCGUCUGCAAUGGUUUUCGGGUGGUUCCCGCCGUCUGCGUCCCUAGAGCCAAUUAUCCAACGUAUACCCCUUGGCAAGAGAUUGACUGGGCCUCUCCUGGGGCUGCGUAUGCUCCCCUAGUGGAUCCCUGGAUUGAGCAGCCCUGCUGUGGGCACCCUGUGUGUGUGUGCACGGCCAUGGAGCAGAAGAGCACAGUGAGUUGUGAAGCCACAGAAAAGGGUUCCCUCAUUGUGCACAUGCCCAACCCACAGCCCCUCAGGGUGGACUUCCAUUGGGUGCCAGGCUCAGACCCAGGCACCUUUGAUGGCUCCCCAUGGCUCCUGCACCGCUUUUUGGCUCAGCUGGGCGAUUGCAUGUCUUUCCACUUUGAGCACUGCCAGGACAACCUCAGCCGAGUCUGCGAGGUCCUCGGGCGCCUGACAGACCCAGCUUGGGCGUGGGCAGCCCCUACCUUGACGGGAUCCCUGCCUGAUGAUGAUGAGCUCUUUUGCCAGGAUCCUGAAGAGAUUAUUCAAAACCUGAACAGCUUUGCUGAGGACCAUGCUGCAGUGCCCUGCCCCUUGUCCACCUCAAACCAGCCACCAGUGGCCCCACAGCUGCCUGUGGUGAGGCCGUACUUAGCUAGGUUCUCGGAGGCCCUGGCACUCAACAUGGGUGCUACCCUCAGGCCUGUCCCAAACAGUCUAGUUCUGCUACUUCUAGUUCUGCCUCUGAAUAAAAAUGCUCUGCCUGAGCAGCAGCUGCCCCAGGAGAGCAGCCCUGGGCCCACUGAGCCGCCUGCCUUGCCCACUUCUGCGUGCAGCACCAGUCCUGGUCUGGUGGGGCCAACAGAGAUGGCCCCCAAACCUGUCCUUGUGUUUACAGAAUCUGCCAAGCCCCCUGCCCAGCAACCAGAUCCAGCUCACCCAGGGGGGCCGGAACCCCAGAAGACAGGGGAUGUAGGUGGCCCACAAGGGGCGGUGGAGACCCCAGCAAGAGCCACCUUUUUCUCCUGCUCUCCAUCCUGCAGCCCUGGAUUCAGAGCAGGUCCCAGGCAGGUGCAGCAGUGCUCCUUGUGAUGAAGUGGCCUAUGUAGCCAGGAAUCCCGCAGCCCCCCCCGCCUCUUUCCCCCAGGACCAAGUGGCAUUGCCAGAUGACUCUAGAUGUAGUGCUGCCAGGUGUGGCGCUGUCCACUUGCCCCAUUGCUGGGCAGGAGGGGUACUUGUUUGGACUCUGCCUUCAUCCUCCCCAUCCCCCACCACAGCAGACCGCUGGCCUCUGCCCUUGCUCCUCAUUCUCUGACUUCCCUGAUGGCACAGAGGCUGCUUCCUGCAUCCCCAUACCUGCCCUUGGCGUGCCAUCUCACCUGGGUUUGUUCUCACUAGUUGGACAGAGCUCUAUAGAUCAGUCCUCAUCAUAUGUUUGCACU